GCCGCCCGCAGGCCGCCGCCGCGCCCGGCCGUCCCCCUCCCGCGGCUCCCGGCGCGCGCUCACGUGUGGCCGCAGCCGCCGAUGGCCACGGGCCGGUGGUAGACCUCCAGGCAGAUGGGGCAGCUGAACUGCGCCUCCAGGCCGCUGUCGCCGCCCGCGGGCCCGGCCGGCGGCUGCCGCUGCUGCGCCGAGGCCACCAGGCUGCGGAACAUCGCCAUACCGGGCCAGGCCGCCGCCGCCGCCCCCCGUCCUGGCCGGCCCGGCCCGCGUCACCGCCGCGCCGGCGCCGCGCUGACGCCACGGCCGCGUCAGCGCCGCGGGCGUCACGGAGCGCGCCCGUCUCGGCCGCGGGGGACGUCAUCGGGGCGCGCCCGCCACAGGCCACGGAGACGUCAUCGGGGCGCGACUAUCCUCGGCCACCAGCUUUCGGGAGACCAGCCAUGUGCCAGGCGGGCGAGGACUACGCGGAGCCGGCUCCUCGGGAGCCCCCGCCGGCGCCCAGGCCGGGCCGGGCGCAGAAGUGCGUGAAGUGCAAGGAAGGCCUGCCGGUGGUCGUGAUCCGAGCGGGCGACGCCUUCUGCAGGGACUGCUUCAAGGCCCUCUACGUGCACAAGUUCAGAGCCAUGCUUGGGAAGAAUCGGCUCAUCUUUCCUGGUGAAAAGGUGCUCUUGGCAUGGUCUGGGGGUCCUUCGUCCAGCUCCAUGGUGUGGCAGGUACUUGAGGGCCUGAGUCAGGAUUCUGCCAAAAGACUGCGCUUCGUGCCAGGGGUUGUCUAUGUUGAUGAGGGAGCGGCCUGUGGCCGGAGCCCAGAGGACAGAGCAAAGACCCUGGCCGAAGUGAAGGCAGUCCUACAGAAUGUUGGCUUCCCGUGGCACGCGGUGGCCUUGGAGGAGGUGUUUGGCCUGCCUCCGUCCGUGCUGCAGUGCUCUGCCCAGGAGCCGGCGGGGACUGAGGGGGCCUACAAGUCUGCCGUGGACAGCUUCCUCCAGCAGCAGCAUGUCCUAGGUGGGGAGCAGCCACACCAGUCCCACACCCAGGCCGCCCCGGGGCCCUGCAGCCUGGCCGGGUCCCCCACAGCCACGCAGACCGCAGCCCUCUGCAGACUGUUCGACUCCGUGAGGACGCUGACAGCCAAGGAGGAGCUUCUUCAGACCCUGCGGACUCACCUCAUCCUGCACGUGGCCCGAGCCCACGGCUACUCCAAGGUGAUGACUGGCGAUAGCUGCACUCGCUUGGCCAUUAAGCUCAUGACCAACCUGGCCCUGGGGAGAGGGGCCUUCCUGGCCUGGGACACGGGCUUCUCGGACGAGCGGCACGGGGACGUGGUGGUGGUGCGCCCUAUGCGGGACCACACACUGAAGGAGGUUGCCUUCUACAAUCACCUGUUUGCUGUCCCCUCCGUCUUCACACCGGCCAUUGACACCAAGGCCCCUGAAAAGGCCAGCAUCCACCGGCUGAUGGAGGCCUUCAUCCUCAGGCUGCAGAGCCAGUUCCCCUCCACCGUCAGUACUGUCUACAGGACAAGUGAGAAGCUGGUGAAGGCCCCCCGGGAGGACUGUGCUGCCAGCCCCUCUGGCCCCCGCUGCCUCCUCUGCUUGUGCACGCUGGACGUUGACACUGCUGCUGCGGGUGUGGGGGACCAUGGCCUGGGGCAGUGGCAAGAUCAGGCACGCAGCUCCAGCUGUGUCCACAGGGAGGAUGUCCAGGCCCAGGUCUUGGAGCAGCUGUGCUACGGUUGCCGGGUGAACAUGAAGGACCUGCCCUCUCUGGACCCCCUGCCCCCCUACAUCCUGGUCGAGGCCCAGCUCCGCAGCCAGAGGGCCUGGGCCAUGCAGGAGAUCCAGGAGUAUCUGAUUGAGGACAGUGACCCUGAAGCAGAGGAGGCCCUCGCUCAGUCCACAGCAGGGCUGACCACUCAGGAGCAGGGAGGCAAGAAUGCAGGAACUGGCCUGUGACUGUCCAUGUGUAUAAAUAAAAGGUUUUUAAUUAGAAAACUCUACAGUACGUAUGGGGAAGGGAGGGCCAGGCCCCCAGGCUCGGUGUGGCCAGCUUGGGCCCACAAGGGCAACAGGUGGGGACAUAGCGUCCUUCUGACAGCAGCAUCAGGGCUCAGGUGGGCCAGGGAAGACACAUCACAGCUGGUGGCCUUGACCGGGGCAGCUGUGCCCCUGGCCCAGGAGCACCACCAGCCCUGGUGGCACUGCUGCCCAUGGGCGGUGCCUUCAUUCUGGGUGCCAGGAGCCAGGCUCCUACUCCUUCUCGCGUGUCCACUUGAUCAUGGUCU